AUGGAUUUUAGAAACUCUUUCAAAUCUCACAGCUCUUACAAACAGAUUCGUAGCCCAGGAAAUCAAAGUGAGACAAGCCCUCCUGAGCAUCGUCCGAUUCUCCACGACCAUCGCGAUAUGGACCAACACAAAACAGAGAGCUCUAGUUCUAUACAUGAAGACGGUCAGGACGCACCCCUGGAGCGUGAUCCUAGCUACAACUUCUGGCAAGACAAUGCAACUUCUGAACACGUCACUGUGGCGGCUGCAGGAACCAGUGGUAGAGAACCAACCGCUAUGACUCGAAAGAGUGGUAGAUUAAGCCGAAGUUUCAACUUCGGAUCAGGAAAGCCGCCACCUUUGGAGGAAUCGCCGACGAAAAUGGCCGGAGGAGAACAACGGCAAUGGGGAGGAGGAGGAGGAGAGAUCACAGUCGAUGUGGAUCAGGAGAACGAGGAGGACGUGAGUCGCCAUACAUUACCAACGCCAGCAUCAACAGCUCGGACAUCAUUCGACGCAUCUAGGGAACUGCGAGUCUCUUUCAACGUCCGAGGAGCUGGUAGUACAAACUUCACCGGUUCGGUUGCCUCUUCUUCGUCUACUACCCCAUCAUCUUCUUCAUCCGUGACACUGCGGACGAAUCAAGAUACACAGCAGCAGGAAGACGAGGUUGUGAGAUGCACUUCAAACACGUCGUUUCAGAGAAAGUCAGAGCUUAUUUCGAGGGUUAAGACAAGAUCGAGGCUUCAAGAUCCGCCACGAGAGGAAGACACGCCUUACUCUGGUUGGAGAUCUGGCCAGUUGAAAUCCGGGUUACUUGGGGAUAUUGAUGAAGAAGAUGAUCCAUUAGCCGAUGAAGAUGUACCUGAUGAAUAUAAAAGAGCGAAACUUGACGCUAUAAUCUUGCUAGAGUGGCUUAGCUUAGUGGCUAUAAUAGCGGCAUUAGCGUGUAGUUUAUCGAUCCCUUCUUGGAAGAAAGUGAGACUUUGGAACUUACAUUUAUGGAAGUGGGAAGUGUUCUUGCUUGUUCUUAUAUGUGGGAGGCUGGUCUCAGGAUGGGGGAUCAGAAUCAUUGUCUUCUUCAUCGAAAGAAACUUCCUCCUGAGAAAGAGGGUUCUUUACUUUGUGUACGGUGUGCGAAGAGCUGUUCAGAACUGUCUCUGGCUAGGUAUGGUCCUUCUCGCGUGGCAUUUCUUGUUUGACAAGAAAGUACAAAGAGAGACAAAGAGCAAGUUUCUUCCUUACGUAACCAAGAUCCUGGUGUGUUUCUUGUUAAGCACCAUCUUGUGGUUGAUCAAGACCCUAGUGGUUAAAGUCAUGGCUUCUUCCUUCCACGUUAGUACUUACUUUGAUCGGAUUCAAGAAGCUAUGUUUAACCAGUACGUGAUCGAGACGCUAUCGGGUCCUCCAAUGAUUGAGAUGAGCAGGAUUGAGGAAGAGGAAGAGAAGGCUCAAGAAGAGAUUUUCAAAAUGCAAAAUGCAGGUGCUAAUUUACCGCCGGAUCUUUGCGCAGCGGCGUUAGCACCGGGAAAAAGUGGGAGAGCGAUGAAUCCGAAACUUUCACCGAUCAUUCCGAAAACAACAGCUGAUAGUGGGAUCAGCAUGGAGCACCUUCACAGAAUGAACCACAAGAACAUCUCAGCUUGGAACAUGAAGAGGCUAAUGAAGAUUGUGAGACAUGUUUCACUUACUACAUUAGACGAGCAGAUGCUUGAAUCUACAUACGAAGAUGAAUCCACCAGACAGAUACGAAGUGAAAAAGAAGCUAAAGCAGCUGCAAGAAAGAUUUUCAAGAACGUGGCUCAACGUGGCGCAAAGAACAUAUACCUGGAUGACUUGAUAAGAUUUUUGCGAGAAGACGAGGCGAUGAAGACAAUGGGACUAUUCGAAGGAGCACCAGAGACAAGAAGGAUUAGCAAAUCAGCUUUAAAGAACUGGCUGGUCAAUGCUUUCAGAGAGCGAAGAGCUCUUGCCCUGACUCUUAACGACACCAAGACAGCUGUGAAUAAGCUCCAUCACAUGAUCAAUAUUGUCACUGCCAUUGUCAUAGUUGUCAUAUGGCUUGUCCUUCUAGAAAUUGCAUCCUCCAAGGUACUUCUCUUUGUAAGUUCACAAGUUGUACUCUUGGCCUUCAUCUUUGGUAACACUGUCAAGACCGUCUUCGAGUCAAUCAUCUUCUUGUUCAUCGUGCAUCCUUAUGAUGUUGGUGAUCGCUGUGAGAUUGACGAUGUACAGUUGGUGGUGGAGGAGAUGAACAUACUUACCACAGUGUUCUUGAGAUAUGACAAUCUGAAGAUUAUGUACCCAAAUAGUCUUCUAUGGCAGAAAUCUAUCAGCAAUUACUACCGCAGUCCAGACAUGGGAGACGCAAUCGAGUUCUGUGUCCACAUUACUACUCCUGCUGAAAAGAUUGCAACGAUCAGGCAAAAAAUAUCAAACUACAUUGACAACAAGCCGGAGUAUUGGCACCCAUCAGCCAAGAUCGUCGUAAAGAAUGUGGAAGCUUUGAACAUGAUAAGGUUAGUAAUUUGGCCAGAUCAUAGAUUUAAUCACCAAGACAUGCUUGAAAGAUGGUCAAGAAGAUCCGUCUUGGUCGAAGAAGUGAUUAAGAUCCUCCUCGAACUCGACAUUCAGCACCGGUUUUAUCCACACGAUAUCAAUGUCAAAACAAUGCCUACCGUCGUCUCCAGCAGAGUUCCACAAGGCUGGUCAGAAAAUCCUGCUUGA